AUGUGUGAAAUAUUUCACAAGUUCAUCAUGGGGCUACGGGACUUUUUAAAAGAUUAUUUUCUUGGUUUCUGGGACUAUGAAACACCAAAGGUGAUGGUGGUUAAAAACAAAACUCUUGGAGUCAUAUACAGAAGUGUUCAAUGUCUUGUGAUCACCUAUUUCAUCUGGUAUGUCUUCAUAAGUCAGAAAGCCUACCAAGAGAGUGAAACCCGUCCAGAGAGCUCAGUUUACACGCUCAUGAAAGGCACAGCAGUUCAUGGAGAUGAUAUCUUAGACACUGUGGAGUACGCUCGACCCUCAGAGGGCGGUGAUGUGAUUAGUACAAUAUUGAGACGAGAAGUUACCUAUGAUCAGAAACAAGGAACCUGCGCUGAGCAUUUCAAAGUUGCCAAUGCCAACUGUACGAGAGACUCUGACUGUGUCCAGGGAGAGGUUGACUUUAAUGGCCAUGGCAGAAGGACCGGCAGAUGUGUUCAGUACUACAACCACACCUUCAAAACCUGUGAGAUCCAAACAUGGUGUCCUAUUGAGGAGUACGCAGUAAUACGAGAACCAGCAUUAGUGGAGGCCAUCAAUUUCACAGUGUUCAUCAGGAACUCUAUCCACUUCCCCAGAUUUAAAGUGCUGCGGGGAAAUAUCAAAGAUGCUACACAAAAACGUAACAUUCGGAAAUACCUCAACAAGUGUCAAUACAAUGAGGAGAAAGAGCCGUACUGUCCAAACUUCCGCCUGGGCUACAUCGCAGAUCAAGCCAACGAGAAGUUCAGUGAGCUCUGCAGGACUGGAGGAGUGAUAGGGGUUUUCAUCAACUGGUAUUGUAACCUGGACCUGGAUCCUUCAAACUGUAAACCUACAUAUUCCUUCCGCCGUCUUGAUCUCCGAAAGGACCAGGCCAGCGCUGGUUACUAUUUCAGGUUUGCCAAAUAUUACAGUAGGGAAGGAGUAGAGUCUCGAACACUCAUCAAGGCUUACGGCAUCCGUCUGGAUGUCAUAGUUCACGGACAUGCUGGUAAAUUCAGUCCCAUCCCAACUAUCAUCAGCACAGUUACUGCUAUGACUUCAAUUGGGAUUUGUACCAUUAUCUGUGACUGGAUCAUGCUGACUUUUAUUGACAAGAAUGAAGUCUACAGUGAUAGAAAGUUUGAUGAGGUUAUCAAGGAGCCCACGGCGUCCAUUCCCACAGAACUCAGCUUCAUCCACAGCUACGGCUCAAACCUUUCAGACCUGUCAGACGGUGUACCGCUGUAAUGUCGUCACAGCUGCUUCAGUCCUCGCUGGCCAAGAAUGUGGACUCACCUCAACAACAGCAACUCUGAGCGGUUCCUCAGAUGUCUGCAGCACCUCAGCUAUGGGCUGCCAGUGGUCGCUAUGCUGUUGUUAGUGGAAAUAAACAGUGACAGAAGGCAUCAUCUGAAAGACAGCCUGUCGGCUCAAAGUCCCUGCCUGUGCAGUGGAUUCAGCUCAUAUAUCUCUAUGUGACAAUACAAUUGUUGCUUUUUCACUUGACAUGACUUGCAGUAGCACCACUUAGAAAACGUU